AUUCUAUAUGCUGUAUAUAUAUCGACUGAAUAUCGACGCAAUCCAUGUUGUUUUACAUAAUCGACUAACCUCUCUUUUGGAAUUAAGUUCGUUUUUGACCAAGACAAUGCGGUCCCCAGGGAGGCUCCUACUGCUACUUCUCCUCCCAACAGCCCUUGCCUUCAAACCAUCCGACUUCAAAACAUGCUCCCAGUCCGGUUUUUGUCGCAGGGGACGCGCCCUCGCAGAACGCUCCCAAGAAUCCUCAUCAUCAUGGCGUUCCCCAUACUCAAUCGAACCUCCACAGCUUAACCCUCAUCAACCAGGGUUCACCACAAACGUUCACUCGUCCAUAUAUCCCAACGUUAAAUUUGUGCUUGAUGUUAUUAUACACGAGGACGGCAUUGUGCGCGUGCGAAUGGACGAAGAGGACGGACUGAGGAAACGAUAUAACGAAGCUGCUCAGUGGGCGCUCGUUGGAGAACCUUUGUUGAGUGAUGAUGUCCUCUGGACGCUUGACGGGAAAAAAGCUAAGGCUGUUUAUGGAUUGAAGAAGGAUAUGGAGCUCGUCGUCGACUUUAACCCUCUCAAAAUCACGCUUUUCCGCAGUGGUGUGGAGCAGGUCGUAUUGAAUGGGCGCGGCUUACUGCACAUGGAACAUUUCAGGACAAAGGAGCAUUCUAAACUAGCUGAACAUAUUGAAGGCGAAGGACAAUCCGUUCUCCAAGUCAACCCUGCAGCAUGGUUCGAAGGUGACACCCAAGACGCCUUUUGGGACGAAACCUUUUCCACAUGGACAGACACAAAACCCAAAGGCCCCGAAUCUCUCUCCCUCGACAUAACCUUCCCGAACCAUGCCCACGUAUACGGAAUCCCCCAGCAUGCCACGAACCUUUCCCUCCCAAGCACAACAGGCCCCACCGCAAGAUACACAGACCCCUUCCGUCUCUACAACGCAGACGUCUUCGAAUAUCUCUCAGACUCGCCGACUUCUCUCUACGGCUCGAUCCCACUCAUGCACGCGCAUUCUGCAAGGUCGACGGUGGCCGUUUUCAAUGCUAUUGCGUCAGAAACAUGGAUUGAUAUUGCUCAUGUGAGAAAAGGCGUAGAAACGCACUGGAUAUCUGAGUCCGGGAUUCUAGACGUAUUCCUACUCCCAGGCCCAACACCCACCGACACUUUCACGCAGUACGCGCGCCUAACAGGAACUGCGCCCCUCCCAGCCCACUGGUCACUCGGCUAUCACCAGUGCCGCUGGAACUACGUCAGUUCAGACGACGUGCGCGGUGUGCAGAAUAGGUUUGACGAGGAGGAUUUCCCGGUUGAUGUCUUUUGGUUGGAUAUCGAGUAUGCAGAGGAUCAUAAGUAUUUCAUGUGGAAUAAGAAGACGUUCCCGGAUCCGGUGGAGAUGACGAAGGAUGUAGAGGCUGUUGAACGGAAGAUGGUAAUCAUUGUCGACCCUCACUUAAAACGGUCAAAUGACUACCCAGUAUACAAACGGGCAUCCGAACUAGGAGUUCUUGUUAAACCCAAGAGUGGCGAGGGCGAAUACGAAGGAUGGUGUUGGCCUGGCUCUAGCUCGUGGAUCGACUUUUUCCAUCCUGGUUCUUGGGACUUUUGGAUCUCGCUGUUCAAGACGAAGACUAUUGAUGAUCAGUGGAGUUGGAUAGAAAGCACAGAUAAUGUCGGUAUUUGGAACGAUAUGAAUGAACCGUCAGUGUUUAACGGACCAGAAAUCACGAUGCCGAAAGAUAACGUCCAUUACGGUGGUUGGGAGCAUAGAGACGUGCAUAACAUCAACGGAAUGCUUUUCGCAAAUCACACAUUCCAAGCAGCAGAAGCACGCACGAACCCCGCACGACGCCCAUUCCAUAUGGCUGUGGGCAUUAAGAUGGUGCUUGCAAAUGGGCUUGGGGGGAUGCCUUUUGCUGGGUCCGAUGUUGGCGGCUUUUUCGGAAACCCCGAACCAGAAAUGUUAGUGCGCUGGUACGUAGUGGGCGCAUUUUCGCCCUUCUUCCGCGCACACGCGCAUAUCGACACGAAGCGCCGAGAACCUUACCUUCUUGAGGAGCCUUACAAGAGUUUAGUGAGGGAUAUUUUGAGGUUGAGGUAUUCGAUGCUUCCCGUGUGGUAUACUGCGUUCAGGGAGACGAGUAAGAGUGGGGUUCCCAUCCUCCGGCCUCAAUACAUGAUGUUCCCCGGGGACGAAGCUGGGUUUGGGGUUGAUGACCAGUAUUAUGUUGGGUCGUCGGGGUUACUUGUUAAACCUGUGACGGAGAAGGGGGUGAAGGAGGUUUCUGUGUAUAUUGCUGAGGAUCAGGUCUACUACGACUACUUCACCAACCAAGCCCACCGUCCAAAAAACCGACACAUCACGCUCUCCGCGAACCUCGACCAAAUCCCCCUCCUCAUCCGCGGAGGCUCCAUAAUUCCCACACGCGAACGCCCGCGUCGUUCCUCACCACUGAUGAAACACGACCCGUUCACACUCCGCGUCGCGCUUGAUACUUCUGGAAAUGCACGUGGGGAGCUGUAUCUCGAUGAUGGCGAGACGUAUGGGUAUGGAAGGGGGGAUAUUGUUUGGCGUAAGUUCGGUGCGGAGAGUACGAAAAGAACGGGGAAAGGGAUCGGGACAGUGCGCAUCUCGUCUGUUGAUCUUGCCGCAAGAACGGCAGUGGGUGCGUACGAGCCUACCAACGAGUUCUCGCGCAGUGUGGGGGAUGUGAGAGUGGAGAAGUUGGUCGUUCUUGGACUUGGGAAGAAGCCUUUGAGUGUUGUUUUGGAUGGCGGGAGAGAGCUUGAGUGGGAGUUCACGUCCAAGGGUGGGGUAUUAGUUGUUAAAGAUCCUGCGGUGCGCGUGGUGGAUGAUUGGGCUGUCGUCGUGAAGUUGGAGUAAGUGAUACCAUGCUAAUGUUGUUUAGUUCACUUGUGCUUUUUGGCGUGGAUAUCUAAGUUUUGAUUAAAUGGGGCACCUUGAGGCUUGUUUCGAAAUGACAUCGUGAGGCAUAUCACUUUCGCUUGGAUUGUAGGAAUGAAAACACAGAUGGUUUACACUAUGAAUCUUUUGAUACGGACAUAUAAUUUUCAUCAUACGAGGGAGGUUUGUCAGAAGAUGCUUCGCUAAG